AUGAACAAAAAAAGAGAUAGAUGGGAUAUUUGCCGAACCUGUGGUAACACAGCGGAUGUUGAAAUAUUUGGCCGCGAUGGAGUGACUUUACAGCUAGAAGAAAAAAUUAAUACCUAUCUUCCUAUUACAGUUUCCAAGGAUGAUAACCUACCACUCAAACUAUGUAAUUUGUGCAUCAGCCGGCUAGAAAAUUGUCAUAACUUAAUAGUAUCAACCAUUGAAAUGAAUAAACAUUAG